AUGACUCGUAUCCGCUCAUGUGUCUACAUUCCGAAGUCUAUGCCAUGUGCUGCGACUGUGCGCCUGUGCCCCACAUUACUUCCUUUGCGUGCUGUGUUACAGUGUGAACUGUGGAGCAGACGACAUUUGCUAAUGGUGGCAUACGCAUCAGCCGUUUUGAGCAAGAGAUCUUCCUUCGUCAUCGGCGAGAACAGUGUCGUGGACGCUGUCCUAGCUUUGGAUCCCAGCACUUACUUCUGCACCAUCAAUGGACAAAUUAUCAAUAACUUCGAUCAAGUAUGUCGGGAGCUUCCCAGCGAUACGCCGUUCCAGCUCCACUUUCGUUUACUAGGAGGAAAAGGAGGCUUCGGAUCACUUUUGCGCUCGUUUCGUGUAAAUAAAAGUACCAAUCAGCUGAUGUGUCGAGACCUCAAUGGUCGUCGUCUGGCUUCCAUCGAUGAAGAGCAGAAGUUGAAGAAAUGGAUAGAAAGAGCUGCAGAGCGUGAAAAAGAGAAAAUAGCUAAGAGGAAUGCAAAGUACGAAAAACUCAAGUCUGGUCCGCCUAAACACAUGUUCAAUGAUCCCGAUUAUAUUCGUCAAAAAGAAACCAUCAUAGAAAAAACGGAGGAAGCUUUUGAACAAGGUUUCGUUGAGUUUCUGAAAGAAGAACAGGAGAAAAAGAAUAAACCCGUUGUUGAGUCUUCUUCGGAUUCGGAUUUCGAUAUUGACGAUUUGCCUGGUGGCUUGAAGAGCGGUAGGAAAAGGAAGGCAGCGAAACCAGCACCUGUAAUCUCGGAAAAACUUGCAAAGUUAGAAGAAGAUGAUGAUUCCGAUUCCGAUUCUGAAGAAAAUGACGUUGAUCCUGAAUUGUUGAAUGAAAUUAGAGAAUACUUUUCUGCCCGAGAUUCCAAGCUUGGCUCCGCAGAUGCUAAUCAGCCUUGCAGCUCCAAGAGAUAUUCGGGUGAUAUACAGAUAAGUGAAACUAAUGGUGAGGUUCCACCGAAAGAAGUAGAAACUCCCGCAGGCGACUCUGCAAAAGUGGACUCAAAAGGGAGUCCUCCUUCAGGAACUCCACCUGCGCCUCAACAUAGUGGGUCAGCUGAAAUUUCAACGAGUAAGCAAUCGGAAGAGGAGAAUGCAACUGAUAGGAACGAAACAACUGCAGAAAAGCCCGAGGAUGCAGAUCUCAAGGUUUUGAACAAGGAAGAGCAGGAGGAAGAGUUUGCCGAAAUUGAUCUCACGAAGUACGCAAGUGCAUCAGAGUUGGAAGCAUUGGGCUUGCAGCAUCUCAAACAUGCCCUUAGAGCUCGUGGAAUGAAGUGUGGAGGCACUUUGACUGAGAGAGCCGUUCGGCUUUUUUCCGCGAAGGAUAUGGUCACGGUUAAGAGGUUGAACAAAAAGAAGAAUUUGUCUAAUAAGAAGAAGAUUCACACUAUCACCACAGCUCCAGUCAGUAAAACUAAAAAGGAGGAGAGCGAUGAAAAAAAAUUAGAAGGCGAAGGAUCGACCAGCGUACCAAUCGAGGAUGUUGCAAAGAAGAUACAGGAAACAAAAGAUCAGGGCCGUGUUGCUCUCACAGCACUGAGGAAACAUCUCGCUAACCAUAGCGGGAAGUCCUUAUUUCCGGAUAUCGAUCAUGCUGUCGGAAUAUUGAUAGUGUAUAAAGUUCCUCCUCUAACAACGAACAAGGCUCGACUGAGAAUCGAGUUAUCUCAUUCUCCUCGAACAACUUCGAAUACAUCAAUCUGUUUGAUCAUGCCGGAUUUGGAUCAAUCUGCAACUGCAAGGAAAGAUCCCGAUGUGGAAAAGCAGGCGCGGCAGUGGGCAGAGAAGAUUGAGAAGGAUCACGGGCUUUUGAGCCAGCACUACUCUAAGAUCAUGACGAAAAGGCAGUUGGAGAGAGAAUGUCACUCCUACACGCAGCGACGUGCUCUUGCUACGUCUUACGAUCUUUUCUUGGUGGAUGUGCGAGUAGCCAAGGCAGUGCGGACAUUUUUAGGGAAGGAUUUUUACAAGGUCCACAAAGAGCCGAUUGAUUUUGAUUAUUCGAAGCCACUGGUUACGUCAAUAGAGAAGGCUGUUAAGACUGUUUUGCUGAGAUUACCUCGAUAUGCUACCAGAGCUCAUGUAUCGUUUGGCCAUCUUGGGCAAGAUUCGGCGGAUCUUGCUGGUAAUCUUGAUGAGGUUAUUGACGCCGUCGUGAGUAAUUGUCCUGGAGGUUUGUCCAAUAUACGAUCGUUACAUAUGCAACCUGUUGGUGGAACACCCUCUUUACCCAUCUACGUUGACAACGGCAGGUCAUCUGACGUGAAACUUGAACGACCAAGAAAACGCAGAAGAGCUACUGAGCAGGUGUCCGACGAGUGUUCCACGCUUCCCGAUGGACUCAGGUUGGCGAUUCGAAGAAAUGGUAAAGUUCGUGUUAUCAAGGAGGAUAGUAAUGUAGCUGUUCAUUACCCAACUAUUCAUGACGAGUGGGAGGAAAGAGAUGGAUUGAAACCCACAAUCGAUCCCGGCAAGCUGAAACGAAAACAUGCAAUCAAAAAGAAGCGAAUGCAAAAGCGUAUGGCACAGAAAAAGAUCAAGUCAGGCGAAAGAGUUGCCUUACAACAAGAAGCUGAAACAAAGAUGGAAUAGAUGAUCAUAGUUUCAACUUGUAUAUUUACCUUCAUUUUUCUUGUUAUCGUUGGCUUUUGUUGAAAAUUAGACAUUGUUUGUUUUGUUGUCAAUUGUCUUAUUACUGUUACCCCACUCUUGCUUGUUGAUCAUUUAUUUUGAAUGAAUUAUCACCUGUUGGAUCUGUCGUAAUUACAGGGGAUUCACCCUUUUCAUGCACUUGUCAAAGCUAGCCCAUUAUCUCCUUUUCUGUGUCCAGUUUUUGCAGGAUGUCUAUGCCUUGGUAUUACCUCGAAAAACCAACACGAGUAAUUUUGUUAAGGUGUUACUAUGCAGUGUGCGCUUUCACUUACCCUGCUUUCGUUGCUCUGAAUUGGAAAAGUUACGUACCUUCGAGGGCUGAGGUGCUGGCAGGAAAAUCACUCAGGGAGGAAAUCCUCAAUCCACUGAAUAUAAAAAAAUGAGUGGUCUGUUCAAAGCAGAUAGAGUUGUACAGUACUGUCUGUUUUAAGUGUUUGUUGCGUUUUAAUCGUCACUUUGACAAUUUGACCAUUUCUGACAAACAUUUUCAUUUUGCAAUAGUUUGCUAUAGGGGUUAUAACAUGAUGAGUUGAAGUGGUCUGAUGAAAAACCACUGUACUGGAAUAAAUCUCCUUUAUGA